UCUAUAAUUAUUUAUGAGACAAUUAAAAGUGAAAUCCAACCAGAAUUUAGAAACACCAAAUUUUUAAAAUCAAUUAAAACGGCAAACGAAGAUGUCGAGACAGAAAGUGUUGGUAUUCAAAAUAUUCAAAUGUCAUUUGUGAAAAUAGUGAAACCUUUUAUUGUGAGCAUUCCACCACAAAAUACUCCAAUACAAUUAACAAUUAAUUCCCUUUCUAAAACGGUUCUUUUCAUAUCAAAAGAUAGUCUUACACUCAACGAAGUGAUUUACUCUGCUGGUAUAAGUCAAAAUGGCGUUUUUAAAAUGGUUUUUGGUAUGAAAUGUGAAAGUGGGACUUUUGACACAAAUACACAGACAUGUGGUGAAAGUCAGACAAUAAAAUGUUAUGAUCAAAAUUGUUUGAAUUGUUCUUACGGCGCGACUGAAUGCCUCAGAUGUCCACAAGAUUAUUCAGUUGUCAAUGGAAUGUGUGCGAAAAUUGAAAAUUGUUUGUAUCAAAAAUUCAAUUUGUGUAUCAAAUGCAAAGAAAAUUAUAUUUUCAAAUAUCCAAAUUGUGUUCCAGUGGGCGAUUGUUAUUUAUAUAACAGAGAUGGUACUUGUAAUAUAUGUAACAUCAAACAAAAAUUAAUUUUAAAAGAAGGUGUAUGUCAACAAGUUGAUCCCAAUUCUGAUGCCAAUUCUGUAACAUCCAUCACUUCUUGUAUACAAGGUUUUAGAGUCAGUCAAUAUACAUGUGAAUCAUGUAUUGAUGUGAUUAUGCCUCUAAAAAGUACAUUCUAUUGUAUGUCAAAUGUACUUACAAAAUGCGUGUCAAAUUAUUCAAUUACAUAUACAGACCUUACAACAUGGUCUUGUACAAUCAAUGAAAAAUGUGAUUUUGGUAAUGAUGAAAAUGGACACUGUGCAAAUGUGAUUGAAAAAUUAUCGAGUUCUUUUGAUUGUCUUCGUUGCAUAGACAAUUACUAUUUUGACUCUAAUACAAGGAGUUGUUUGAAGUGUUCUCCGGAAUGUAAGACUUGUUUAUCUACAGCAACAACAUGUCUUUCAUGUUACAACGAGACUUAUCUUUCAGAUGGGACGUGUAAAUCAAAUGACAAUUUGGUUGGUAUUUGUGACAAACUUUCCAUUACUGGGGGAUGUGUAAUUUGUGCAGAUAAAUAUUAUAGGAGUGGCUUUGAGUGUUUUAAAUGUUCCUCAAAAUGUGCGACUUGUCAAGACAAAGAGACUUGUUACACAUGUGCAGAGUCGUUUUACAUGACUAUAAAUGGUGAUUGUCAACCUUUCAGUCAACUUGAAGAACUAUGCGAAGAGAAAGUGACUCAAAAUGGGUGUGCGAAGUGUAAAAAUGGGUAUUACCGAAUAAAUGGAAAUGAGUGUAAAAAGUGUAAUUCAAAUUGUUUUACGUGUUCUAUAGAAAAAGUGUGUACUUCAUGUUAUGCUAAUCAUUUGUUAAAUGAAAACAACAUUUGUAAAAACGUGUCAGAAGUAUCAAAUUGCGUCAGAAUUGAAAACUCAAAAUGUGAAAAAUGUGUGUUUUGGUACACUCCAAGUAAAAAUGGAAUGUAUUGUCAAGAGGCGAUUAUUUGGUGGGUCAUUUUGAUUAUCGUUUUAUUUAUUAUCUUUGUAACAAUAUUCUUAGUUAAUGGUAUUGUGCUUGCGUCAAAAUUUAUUGAGAAAAAAACGAAACAACAAUUAACAACACAAACAACUGUAUUUAAAAUGAGUCACUCUAAUAUUUCCUUUGUUUCUAUUGGACAUGGUCUUGUUGUCAACAAAACUCUAAUUUUAUUUGGUGAUUUGGAACAUUUAAUUAAAGUUGGUGUCGACACCUGCGAGUUGAUAUGUGUUGGAAACUCAU